AUGGGCUAUAGACAGCAAACACAGAAUCUUACUAGCAAGACUUCCCUUCUUCAAAACUUAAGGCAUAAUCAGGGAGCCAACUUUAGAAACCUACCUGGAGUACUGGUUGGACCCGAUCAAGUUGUAAAACUGGAUGAAACUAUCGAGAGUGCUAGGUGCACGUCAGGCAAACCUCUGGGAGCCAACUUUAGAAACCUACCUAGAGUACUGGUUGGAUCCGAUCGAGUUGUAAAACUGGAUGAAACUAUCGAGAGAGCUAGGUGCACGUCAUGCAAACCUCUGGUACUCAUCAUUGAAGAACUAUUUGAUCCUCUUUGGUCUUUUGGUCGACUAGGGAUGGACUACAUUGUGGCCACUGUAGUUACAAGGCCUGAACACCAUAACCAGGUUCUCCUACAUCCAAAUCAAGAUAGAGUGCUCUAUGUUCGUGAAAAUGCAAGACUACAAGGAUUUCCGGACCGCUAUAAGCUUUUUGGACCAGUAAGAGAGAGGUACAUGCAAAUAGGAAAUACUGUUUCGUUUUCUGUUUCAAUGUCGUUAGGCUAUUGCUUGGAGAAAGCGCUGCAAGGCGCACAAUACACAAUACCAGCCUUCUGA